UUCCCUCCCAGGACUGGCUCUCAGAUCACAUCUCCAGAGGUGGUGCUAAAGCGCCUGAGGGCUCUCGCCACAAAUGGCCCUCUCUUCGCUCUGUCGUUCCUGGCCUUCUGGGUGGCGUGGGCCAGGCCGGGCCUGCAGUUCCUGCUCUGCCUGUGCCUCUAUGAUGGUUUCCUCACUAUGGUGGACCUCCAUCACAGCGCCCUGCUGGCCGACCUCGCAGUGUCCGCCGCUGAUCGCACGCGCCUCAACUUUCACUGCUCAGUGUUCAGCGCUUUGGGCUCAUUCUCUGUUUUUCUGUCCUACUCUUUCUGGGACAAGGAGGACUUUUACUUUUUCCGUCUCUUCUGUGUGACUCUGGCAGCUUUUUCCAUUCUAGGCUUUUUCUUAGUGUCCAGGAUGCUACUACAUCGCUUUCAAAAAGAAGUCCGUCCAAGACAGGAUGAGGCACUGGCACUCAAAGAGCUGAGUGUUGGCCAUGCUCCACUUACCCAGCCAGAAAAACCUGUCACUAUUGGACAGUACCUCAAGCAGCUCUCCACACACAGGAACUUCAUGUGGUUUGUGUCAAUGAACCUUGUUCAGGUGUUUCACUGCCACUUCAACAACAACUUCUUCCCCCUUUUCCUUGAGCAUCUCCUCUCUGACAAUAUUUCCGCCUCUACAGGUUCCAUCUUACUCGGGAUCUCUUACAGCCCCCACCUGAACAACUUGUAUUUCCUGACACUGUGCCAGCGUUAUGGGGUUUACCAGGUUAUCCGCUGGCUAUUUUUGCUCAAACUGGGACUUAGUGUGGUUAUGGUGCUGGCAGGGGCUGACCACAUUUAUCUGCUGUGCAUCUUCAUUGCUAGUAACCGGGUAUUUACAGAGGGGACCUGCAAGCUACUGAAAUUAGUCAUUUCCGAUCUGGUGGAUGAAGACUUUGUGGUCAACCGACGUCAGCAGGCCGCCUCUGCACUUGUCUUCGGGAUGGUUGCCUUGUUGACCAAACCUGGCCAGACAUUUGCCCCUCUCAUUGGCACCUGGCUGCUCUGUGUUUACACAGGUUAUGAUAUUUUUGAGAGGGAGCCUGUGAAGGACUCUCUGGUUUCUGUGCCUGACAUUGCCUCCGGCUCCGGGACUCCACCUCUACGCCUGGGCUGCUUCUACAUGUUGGUGUUUGUGCCUAUCACCUGUGCCCUGCUCCAGCUGGCUGCCUGGUCUCGCUUCACACUUCACGGCCGCAAACUGCAGGGGAUCAAGACCAUGAGGCAGGGGGCCCAGCACGGCCACCUAAUCGAUGUCAAGGCCAUAUGAACUGAACAAAGGCUGGAUGAAAGCUGCACACAGACACUUUUAAAUAGUUUAAAAUCAGUUUUACAGUUCCUUUGAUAAUAACUCCGAAGAUGAAGCAGAAACCUGCUCUGAUUGAUUCUGCAGCCCAGCCUAGUGAAUAUGAACCACUACACAACAUGUGACUUUGUGGACAGUGAAAACAAAUCUCAAAUGCACAAAUCUCACUGGAAGGAACAUGAAACAUUACAAAAAUGAAACCUGCCUUAUUUUUUAUACUAAACUGUUGAUCUAUAUUUAUAUUUGAACAGAUGACCAAAAGAUAAAGUAGAGCCAAUCAAUCCUUUGGAUGUAGAAGGACCAAGGUGACAACUUUUUAUGGUGCAGGCCAAAGAUGGAGUGCCCCUUUUUUAAAAUGGUUGUAAAGCAUAAUUCUAACUACAAUCUGACUCCUUUUACUGCUCAGUAAUCGUCAGUAACAUCAGUAGGUUUACCACAGAGCUAAUGUUCCAAUUUGUAAUGUUAUGAACAGGAUGAAGAAAAUGAAAUAAAAUUACAUUAAUGUGUUGAGGGUGCUGUUGAUACUGCAUGGAUCCUACACUUCAGAGCUGAUUGAUUUCUUUACAUUUACACAGAUUGCCCUGCCAGUUUGAUGUUGAGAGCUGUAUUUUCUGAUAUGUUCAGUAUUGAUGAUGUUUUUGCACAACACUGCCAUUUGUCUCUUGUUGUACUUCUAACAUUCUGAUUGUGACAUACUUUAUGUACUGUUGUAAUACAAGUUGGGAUAAGUAA